AUGGCAUUUGAGGAAAAGCUCGACCUGGCGUUAGUGGCAGACCCGUAUCGCAGGACCACGAAUGGCAGAGGAUACCCCAUACAAGAGGUGGUGUCGGCGGGAGAAGAAGGUUUCGUGAUAGCCAAGGUCAACGAGAUCUUCGUCUGUAGCUGCUACGCCCCUCCGCAGUGGUCUCUGGAGAGGUUCGGCGUCAUGAUGGACAGAAUCGUCGAAGGUCUCACGGGUCGGAGCCCCGUUGUCAUAGGCGGGGAUUUCAAUGCCCCUGGCAAGGCUGAACGUAGACCUGGGGAAUGUAGGCGAUACAAGGACCUACCACAGGAAUGGGAGCGAGUCCAUCAUCGACGUCACCUUCAGCAGUCCGGGCUGGACGAGCGACUAUUCACCGAUAGCGAUCAUUUUGCGAUUCGUUGUCGUGUGGGCACAAGUACGCGGGCAGGUAGAAGAGGUACGACAACAGGAGCACGCCACUGGAAGACAACACAGUUCGACCGCGACGUCUUUGUCGAAGUGUUAAACUGGGAGCGGACCUUGGAAAACCUGUCCGCGGAAAACCUGGCGAGGGUACUCACACGCGCAUGCGACGCUGCGAUGACAAGGAGGGCCAAGCGGAAGGAUACUCGGCAACCCGUCUACUGGUGGACGGCGGAAAUAGCGGACCUGCGUACUAGCUGCCUACGGGCUAGGCGACGUAUGCAGAGAGCGAGGUCCCUGUCAGCGAGAGCGGAGUUAAGAGUACCCUACGCAAUUGCGAGGUCUGCCCUCUGCAAGGCAAUUAAGGCGAGUAAAAAGGCACGAUUCAGGCAACUCUGCGAGGACACCAACGACAAUCCCUGGGGCGGCGCUUAUAGAAUUGUCAUGGCCAAAACGCGGAGCGGAGCACGAGGAGGUAACAUUCAGCUGAACAAAGCUCCGGGUCCGGCUGACAUCCCUUAUGUGGCAGUUAAGGCUGCGCUCAUGGAACAUCCCGAAAUGUUCCGGUCUUCACUGCAACAGUACGUGGAUGGUAGGGUCUUCCCAGAUGUGUGGAAGCGGCAGCGAUUGGUGCUCCUGCCAAAACCGGACAAGCCACCAGGUGACCCAUCGCCCGAUAUGCCUCUUGGAUACUGA